UUUUAAAAAAAAAAAACCCGGUUAUAAUUUAACCUUCUUUCUUUCUCUUGAAACCCCUCGAUCUUUCCUCCUCUCUCAUUCUCUCUCCUCCAUUGAAGCGUACUCAUCUGCCUCUCUCUCCUUUCCUUUCUUCUCUCUUUUGAUCGCCUUAUUACGACCUAUACACCCUUCCCCGGUUUCAUUGUGGAGCUCUUCAGUUGUGCUCCAUCAAUCAAGGGUUUUGUUUGGCGGUGGUGGCUGUGGUGGCCUUAUUGCGACCUAAAAUCGUUGGCUUCAUCUUCUUUUGUCGAAUACUCUUCAUGGUGGCGCAAUUGCGUCUUUGGUGGAUUUGGUGGGUUCGGCUAUUGCGCAAUUGCGAAUACUCUUCCUUUUUUCUGGGUACCAUUGGAUUAGACGCAAAGGACGGCCUGCAGCGAGAGAGAUUGCAGAGCUAUCUUGUUUUAGGUACCAUUGGAGUAGUCGGGACUAUUAUCAGAGCUAUGCAGGUUAUAUAUGUGAAUAGGUUCUCACCUUCAUCAAGGAAACAUGCUGUUAAUGAGAUAAAGGCUGACGUUUGUCAUGCUUACCAAAUUUUGAAGAAAGGUGGUUUAAAAGAUGAAAAUAUUAUUGUUUUCAUGUAUGAUGACAUCGCUUAUCAUGAGGAGAAUCCGAGACCCGGGGUCAUCAUCAAUAAUCCCCAUGGAAGUGAUGUCUACGCUGGAGUCCCAAAGGAUUAUACUGGGGAACAUGUGACUGUCAACAAUUUUUUGGCAGCGUUACUUGGUAACAAAGAAGCUAUUACUGGUGGCAGUGGAAAGGUGGUGGAUAGUGGCCUUAAUGAUCAUAUUUUUAUCUAUUAUUCGGACCAUGGUGGUGCUGGUGUGCUCGGUAUGCCUACAACUCCAUUUCUCUAUGCUGAUGAGUUGAUAUAUACAUUGAAGAAAAAGCAUGCUUCUGGAACCUAUAAGAGCUUGGUGAGAAACCAAAAAGCAUGCAUGCAUCUUGUAUGGAAGGGAGUGUGUGUGUGUGUAGCAGCUUUGACAGGUAAAACAACAGCAAUAGCCAGCACCAGGCAGACACAGCACCACCAGACAACAGCUAACAGCCAGCCAGAAACAGAAAGCAGUAGCCAGCAAUAGCUAAACACACCAUGCAAACAGAAACCAGCAACUAGACACAAAGCAAGCAACACAGCCAACAGAAAACAGCAGCUUACUAAAGGAAAGUUGACCUGGCUGUUAAAUCGAGGACUCUGCUUCUCCAGACCUUGAUUCUGUUUUUUUUUUUCUUCAGUUU